AUGGGUCCUAAUUCUGUGCCCACAUGGGAUGCAAUGGUAGAGCUGUUCUUGGAGAAAUACUAUCCACCUAGCGAGGCACUCAAACGCCAAGCUGAGGUCAUUCAAUACAAGAUGCACCCUCAGGAGAAUAUCAUGGAGGCUUGGAAAAGGUUCAAGCAGCUGAUGAGAAGAUGCCCCAAUCACGGGCUAACUCCGGGACAACAGAUCUUAACCUUCUACAGGGGAGGCACGCUGGAAGCAAUGCGUGAACUAAACAUGAGCGCCGGAGGAUCUCUCUUGAAAUUGGGGGAAGCUGAAGCACUUGAAGUGAUUGAGAGGGUGGCUUCAAAUGAUGAUGGAUGGAGAAAUGACAGAAGCAAAUCUUAUAGGGUAGCAUCCACCUCCGAUAAUGAUAGGAUGGAUGCAAUAUCCAAGCAGCUGGAAUUCAUAACUGACAAGCUUGGGCAUAUGGGAACGAGUCAGGUUGGGACUGAGAUGCAACAAGGAGUCGAAGAUGUGAACAACGUUCAUCAGGGUGGCAACAACAGAAAUUUCAACAAUUACCGCCCCAACCAAGGAGGAGGCAAUUACAACCACUAUGGGAACAAGGUGCAUCCCAACUUGUCCUACGGGAACCCGAAUAAUGCCCUGCAACCACCACCCGGAUUCCAGGUAUCAAAUGGCCAAAUCAUAGAACCGAGGAAGGAUGAGCUGAAAGAUGUGUUAAUGGCCUUUAUGAAGCAAACGGGAGAGUGCAUGAAGGACUCCAACAAACGGCUAGUGCAGGUUGAAGCUAAUGUGAAUGACCUUAAUAUUCACAUGAAGAGCAUCGAUAACCAGAUGAGCCAGAUUUCACAGGCAGUGGGUAUUCAGCAUCAACCGGGCCAAUUUCCGUCACAAACAAUUGUAAAUCCUAAAGACUGUAAGGAUUGCAAAGCCAUUAAUCUUAGGAGUGGAAAGAGCUAUGAUGGCCCAACCUUGCCUGCAGAGAAGGAGAAAAUCUCUCAAGAAGAGGUGGUGGAAGAAGAAGAACCAGUGGAAGAGGUGCCGCCUCCCAAGGCAAGCAUCGUGAUACCUGCACCCCCUGCUGAGGUUAAGAUCCCAUUUCCACAGCGCGUGCAGAAGAAGAAACUAGAUGAUCACUUCUCUAGGUUUCUUGACAUAUUUAGAAAAGUGCACAUCAACAUCCCGUUGGUAGAGGCGUUACAACAAAUGCCUACAUAUGCAAAGUUUCUAAAAGAUGUGCUCUCCAAGAAGAAGAAGUGGACUGACUAUGAGACGGUGAACAUAUCUGAAAAUUGUAGUGCCAUAAUUCAGAAAAAGCUACCGGCCAAGCUUAAAGAUCCUGGGAGUUUCAACAUCUCAUGCGUUAUUGGAAAUGACAGACAUACAAAGGCACUUUGUGAUCUGGGGGUGAGCAUAAAUUUGAUGCCAUUAUCAUUUUUCAGAAAGAUGAAGAUCGGCACUCUCAAGCCGACAACAAUAACACUACAGAUGGCAGAUAGAACCGUCACCUAUCCUAAAGGAAUUGUUGAGGACGUUCUUGUGAGGGUACAUGACUUCAUUUUUCCCGUCGAUUUUGUAGUAUUGGAUAUGGAAGAAGACGUGAAUAUACCGCUUAUCCUGGGGCGCCCAUUCCUUGCAACGGGAAAAGCAUUGAUAGAUGUGGCAAAGGGAGAGCUCACUCUUCAUAUGGGUAACAAACGUCACAUCCUAUCUAUCUACAAUGCUAUGAAGAGUCGUGAGGAAGAAGAACUUGUUAUGAAGAAAGAGUGCAAAGCUGUGCACGUUGUAGAGGUCCAAAAGGCACAAGAAAUUGAGUCCACAUUUGGGGAUUUUUCUUUACCGCAAUGGAUGUUUGGUUCAUGUGGUGGAUCAAUUUUUAAAGAAGAGACUACAUUAAAUCCUAAAGUGAAGGUGAAGAAAACAAAAGCUGAAAAUUCACCCAAAGUGGAAGCCAAAAUUUCUGAUGGAGCUCUGAAAAAUACUUGGUGGAAGAAGAAAUUGGCUAUAUCAUAUGCUUCCAAGAUUGACAGAAAAUCCAACGCCACCAUUUAUGGCGUGACAUGA